AUGUCCAUGUCUGCCGUUGCCGCCCACCCCGCCUACGCGCCGUCCGCCGCCGACCGCCGCUACGGCCACGAGCUCGCCGCCCACGCACACGCACACUACGACCCCGCCACGUUCUUCAGCUACUCCCAGCCGUCCCUCAACGCCGUGACCGCCUCCGCCGCCGCCCUCGACCCAUCGUACAACAGCCCGUCGUCGUCCUACCCAUGGGACGCUUCCUUCCAGACGUCAUCCUCUUCGUCCCUCGCAAACGACCCGGCUGCUUUUGCGCCCUCGGCCUCCUCCGGCCCGCAGAGCCUGUCUAACCUCGGCGCAACAUACGCCGAGUACUCUGCCCACCGCCCCGCCCUCCCCGCUCGCUCCUCCGCCCACUACCACAUCCCCCACCACCCCCAGCCCGCCUCUCCCGCCUCGACGCACUCCUCGACCAUAUCCUCUCCCACAGCCCGCUCCCCCUACUCGUCCUCCUCCCGCGGCUACUCCUCCCUCGCUGCCGCAAACGCCUCCCACUCCGCCACCUCCUCCGCAGCCCGUCUCCAGCAUGCCACCUGGGACUCCUCCUGCCUCUACACCAUCGACCCCUGCGAUCCCGUACACACCCCGCUCUCCCCCCUCUCCCCCCUCACGUCCCCUCCCUCUACCCCGAUCAAGACAGAGGACCCAGACGGCGGGCUCGUCAUCGAGGUCUCCGUCCCCGCCCAGCCCGUCUCCGGUGCCAUGCCCGAAGUCCCCUUACGCGCCACUCACGCCGUUCCAGAAAUGAAGAGGAUGAUGUACGCCUUCCGUCUCGAAAACUUUGCCAUGCACGACGGCAUCAAGUCCGCCGCCGUCCAGCCAGGCUCCGGUGGUAUCGAAGUCGGCCCCCUCAAGGAGCAGCCCGUCGAGCUCGAGUGGCAGGUUCAGCUCGACGCCCCACUCGUCGCCGACGAGGAAGAGGACGCGUUCCGCUAUCCGACCGCGCCUCGCGCACAGGGCAAGACCGCCGCACGGCCGUCGACGUUGUACAGACAAGACACCCCCGUCUCCCCCAGACAGACCGGGCGCGGAGGCUACGUGUCGAUGGGCAGUGCGUCCCCCGCGUCGAGCUUGGACUACCCGUCCGCAGUCGAGAACGACGCCUGGGACGCGUCCUCCGGGUACGGCUCCGUCGCAGGCACCAGCGCGCGUUCGGGCCCCCCCUCGACCUCGAGCCCGAGCUUCCCCUCCGUGAUGACCCCCGCGCAAUCCUUGAAUUGGGACUACCAGCCGGGGGAGGCCUCCAUCCCGCCCUCGACGUACCGCAGGCAACCGCAGCCGUCGGGCCAGCGCUCGUUAUCUCGCGUGUCGCAGACGCACGGGCAGUACCUGCUUAGCGGGAGCUCGAGCUCGAAGGUCGUGUACCCGCAGGCCUCGCAGUAUAAUGGCUACGAGUCCUCCGGCUACCCACGACAUACGUCGAGCAGUCGGUACGGUGGGGAUGUGUACGCGGCUUCGUCCGCCGGCUCUUGGCUCGUGAAGUGCGGUGUCACCCCGCAUACUGAGCGCAAAUUCUUUUUCUUGGCGCAUAUAUAG